CUCUAAUUUUUGUGCCAGCGCAUUUUCUUCUCUAUUUACCAUAACCCACCAAGCUCUCAUCUCAAAAAUCUGGAAGUUGCGGGCUGUGAUCGCACUUGUCAAGCUCCUGCAGGUGCCCAGUAGUUGCCGCUCGCGUUCGGUACAUGCGAUCACCUACGUCGUUGCGGGGAAGCUAGCAGCAAGGUCGCAUCUAACCAAGCUGUGCGAGACAGUCGGUCUCUCUCUUCUUACCACUUUGUGAAUUCUCGCAGCUCUUGGUCCAAGAUGGCGCCAGCUUUGGAAGAUGUGUAUUGCACGCUUCUCAUGAGCGACUCCUACUUGCCUGGUGCCGCCGUUCUCGCCCAUUCUCUACGCGAUGCUGGCACGGCGAAGAAGCUGGCCGUGAUGAUCACACUGGAGUCCCUGUCAGCGGAGACUAUCACUGAGCUCAAGUUACUCUACGACUAUGUAAUACCUGUCGAACGCAUACGCAACACGAACAUGGCCAAUCUUUAUCUCAUGGGCCGCCCCGAUCUGUCGUAUGCCUUCACCAAGAUCGCGCUGUGGAGACAAACCCAAUUCCGCAAGAUUGUAUAUCUUGAUGCUGACGUAGUAGCAUUGCGAGCGCUGGACGAGCUGUUUGACAUCGAAGCAUCCUUCGCAGCUGCACCAGACAUUGGCUGGCCGGAUGCGUUCAACAGUGGUGUCAUGGUUCUGAACCCAGACAUGGGCGAAUACUGGUCACUCCACACAAAGGCUUCUGCUGGCGACAGUUUCGAUGGUGCAGACCAAGGACUGCUGAACCAGUACUUCGAGCACCGUCCGUGGCAACGCCUCAAGUUCACGUACAACUGCACGCCGAAUGCCGAGUACCAGUGGGAACCAGCAUACAGAUAUCACAAGCGUGACAUCAGCGCCGUGCACUUCAUAGGAAAAGACAAGCCAUGGUCCCCGAACCGCACGGCUGGUUCAGGAGUUUACGGCGAGUUACUGGCUCGUUGGUGGGCUGUACACAACAGACAUCUGCAAGACAAGAGGUCAGCCCGUCGAGAAAGUAAGAUCACUGGUGAGGUUCAAAGCAGCUCGGGCACAAGCACGAAUUAUGCCUUGCAGCCUCAGUCCGUCCCUGAUAUUACUAUUGGCGAACCUGCCCCAACCGCUGAGCCAUCCAUGACCGACCCCAGCGAAGCUGCUGAGGAUAUUGACCAAGGUCUAGUGGAACCCACACCCACAGUACAGCAACGCCAGUUCUCUGCUCCAGAGAUGCAAUGGGAUGCGACUAAAUUUGAACCUCCGGCGCAGUCGAAACCAGAAGCCGCCAACUUCCCUCGCGAAACGUACACAUUCAACGAAAGCAGACAACUGUUCAACGCACCAUCAGCAUACCCAGAGCCACCGCGAGACAUGUGGUACAAGGUACCCGAGACCAAGCCACAGCCAUACGAAGCGCCCAAGCCCAUCUUUCCAUGGGAGAGGGAGUCUUCACGACCUAAGCCUACACGUGUCUUCGCAGAGGACCAUCCGCCGCCGGCCCCGGCACCAGCACCAGCCACUGCGCUCGCACCUGAAGUGUCCGAAUUCGAAGCUUCGCCACCGACAUCCAAAUUCACGACUACGCACUUCGAUCACGACAGUAGUCAGGAUCAAUGGACACGAGCGAAGCCUACAAGAGUGUGGAUAGACGACCAUCCACCGUUCAAGCCAAGAACUGCUGAGGAAUCCUGGCAAGCCUUUUCGCAAAGCAGUGCUAAUGCAUGGGAUAGUGUUCCAGGAAUUGACAAUUAUGUUCGGUCAAUCAUGGAAACACAGACAAAACGAGACAAAGUCCAAGGCUUGCAGCAGGCAACUGGCACGAACGAUCUGGGUUCACCAUUACUGUCCCGGAAAGACCGUCGCGAAAGCCUGAUCCUUACCGAUUUCCCGACAGCUGUCGAGCGACCUAGCUUGCCGGUCACUCCAGCACCAGUACGACGCCCCACAUUUUGGGGCGAGGAAAGGGACGAACAGGGCGAACUGCCGGCAGCGGAGGGCGUGCCGGAUCAGAACGAAUGGAAUCCCGAAGCGAAGCUCGAGCAGCUGAGAAGAUCGUCAGUAGUUGAGUUUGAGCAUCUCAAGAAAGACGAGCAUCCAGAGGCGCCACUGCGCGCACUACCCGAACACUCGGUCUUGGGCGAUGAACACGGCGAAGAGCUACAAGUCGGCGGUAUCGUUGUAGCCAAGAGCGACCGACCCGCAGCACGAUUCUCAACCCGGCCGACAUCCACCGAACAAUCCGCAUCAAGUCAGCACAGUUCGCUGUCAUCUUCACUGAAGGGAGGGCGAGGCAAUAAGAUUGGUUUCACCAUGGACGACUUUGGUACGAGCUUUGAAAGGAGGGAGAAGAGCGCAAACUCUUUUGAUGGUCCAACCUUUCCGUUCGAGGACACCACUCCCGUCGAGGCUUUCCCGAAGGUCGAAGGCUUUACUGAGCGCGACUUUGGUGGCGACAGCACGAAUGACAGUGAGAUCCAGUAUGCUUCCACAAUUACGCACCACUCGAUGGGACCUGGCCAUCAUGUCACCUCGGAUGGCCGCAUCAAGGCCGGCGAACUAACUUUCAAUAUCCCGGGUUUCAACUCAGAGAGCACGUCCGAGCUCAUUUCUCCCAUCGGUGACGCACUCAGUCCUACCACUACUAGAGAGGACAGGAAUGGUCACGGCACGCUCUGAUCGCUCAUACGGCAUGAAUGAAGCUACGGGUAACGUGUGAAUUUGGGCGGUCUAUUUGAUUCGCACUUGAGCAUCGUUGUUCUGGUUGUUCUCUUUGAUAAGACAGCCACGGCUGCCGUAUUCUUGCAUUUGCAUCAGCAUUGCAUAGCGAUCCGUUCCUUCUGGUCGUCUUUUAUCAUUUGGUCCCUACCGUAUCUACUUGUGGGAGAUGUACGUAUGAGUUUUAUGAUAAUAUGUAGUUAAUGGUCAUCCAUAUCGUCGCACUAUAUGACAGUCGUCUGUUUGACUUAGACCUACG